UUUAAACCCAGUCAUGGGUUUAUAGCCAAAAACAGAAUGUCACAAACCACCGACAGCCUGCAUACGACAGUCGCACGGCUUCUCCGCGAAAACAGAGACACGGAGAAGAAACAUGACGAGGUCUUUACAGGUUUGCCUUCUGCACUUAGUUAUGUCGUGGUUUAGCAUCACCAGCAGCAGUAACUACCAUCGCUACCCAUACUACUACUUCAACAGUCGCAGCUUUCCCUCUUCCUUCCCAAUAUACAAACCUAUGGCCAGGUGCAUCCGUCUGGUAUCAGGACUCGGAGGAUCCUUCUCCUUUCCACACCCUUUCUUCAAAACAAAGCUGAGGAGGCGGGUAAUCAACGAGUUCGACUCCCAGAAGGACAUCAAGCGGUCGUACGGGGAUAUGUUCAUGACGGUGGGAGAGCUGAAGAAGGCUCUUGGGAUUGACGGCUCCCGUAACGUAAGCUGGAAGAAUGGCGUCAGCAAGGAAGGACCUGCUGGAGAGGAGAGUUUUAGCAAGUCGUCUGCUGCUUUCAAAGCUGAGUCCUUUCAAGUGAAUUCCGACAUUUGCUGUUCCACAAAUGAGAUAUUCUUUAUCAACCAGACGUUGGUGGACAUUGACAACACAUCUCGAAAGAUAGCGCAGUUACCAAAGAUCGGAGCUUACCAGUUUAUACGUCAUGGUCUGUGUGCAUUUAAAGGAGCAUGCCAGGGAACGUGCGUCCAACAUUACAUCAAUCUGCCACUGGCCGUCGACGAACCUGGGACUUCGGGGUUCCCUAUAUCCUUCCGUUUUUUCAGCAUUCCAGGAUACUGCUCGUGUAGGUUCGUCGGAUUUUGAGCUAUUAGUUGUGAACUUGAAUCAUUCCAGGCUACUGCUUGUGUAGGCUUGUCGGAUUUUAAGCUAUUGUGAAUGUGGAUCAUUCUAGGACAGUUCGCCAAAAGAGCUACAACUUCAGAAAGAGCGAAGCAAUUUUAAAUGCAACAGAAAAUGUGGUUCAUACAAAAAAACUAUAUACAUUUAAACUACUUGAAUUAUAUUCAUGUAACUUUAUAGUUUAUUUUAUGGAUUUAUUUUGUAAAUAAUGUACAUAUACUAAUCAGUUAGUAAUAAAUUUAAAUUUGAAACACACCAGGGGCCUAAUUCACUAAACUCUCGCAACUUUGCGAUCUCGCAGUGCAAUGCUAAAAGACUUGCAAAGAGGGUGCUUUGUUGUCUAGCAAAGCGUAAGAGACCUUUGUGAAUUAGGCCCCAGGAUCUAAAGACAGAAGAAAAUAAAAAGACCACAGCUGCAUUUUGAAUUUAUAAACCAUGAUUUUCAUAAUAAAAACAAAUAAAAAUCCAAUGACUUUCGAUUGCCAAGAUAUUUAAUUCAAAGUAGUGCACACGAUACUUGCAUAUUGUUUUGUCACCGUUACAUUAGCUUGUAUUGUAAAUAAUACAAAAUAAAACUGUUGUUUUAUGCUGAUAGUGAGAAGGGUGAGAAAGUGCUACUUUUACAAAAAAAAAUUUGUUAUCAGUUAAAUGUUUUGAAUCUCUCGUGGUUCCUACUGGGAAUUUGUAUUUCCGGGAACCGACCCUACCUAACAACAAAUGCCGACACUAAGUCUUUUCGAUGUAUUUUUUUUAAUUAUUAUUUAUUUUAUUAAUAUUUUUAUUAAUAUUUUUAUUAAUAAUUAUUUAAGUCAAAAGAAUUAAUAGGCAUUUCAUCGGUAACCUUAGACGUGAAUGUAUUAUUUAUUUUUAAUGCCGACCUAUCUUACGUAUUUUUUUUCGGCACAUUCCACGAACAUACAUUUACAAUUUUUUUUUUUUACAUAAUUAUGUUACUUAAAAUGAAAUACAUUCAGUGCAUUUGGAAAAUCUUCAAGGUCUGUUCGUUCAUGAUAUCACUUUAUUCACUGAUACGUUUGGGACGUAGUUCAGUGACAAACGUCAAAUUUGGGAGGCCGCGAGUUAUAGGAUCAGUUCCCUGUGAGAGUGUUUAUCGAGCUACGCUUUAUUCAAUAGGUGUUAUACAACUGGCAUAUCAACAGCCGUCGUAUGUUCUGUUUUCUGUGGCAAAAUGUUUAACCAUUAGAAUUACAUAUUAAAUGCGUGGUUAAUACAAGGGACAUACUAUAGCUUAAUCAGUAGAACUUUCGCCUGAAGUGUUGUACGACUUUAAUAUCAAAAGUGGUGGUAUAUUCUGUUCUCUGUAUCCAAUCUUUAACUGGGGACGACUUCUUUCGACAGCGAGGCACAUAUCCCAUUUUAAUCGGAACAUUUCGACUAUUUCCGGCAGAGGAAAUAUUUUCGCCGAAAAGAUGCGAGGAGUUCCGAUGUUGUAAUUUCUGUACUUAUCGUGAAACAGUUCCAAAAUUCUAAAUUAUUAUUUGACGACGAGGUGACAGAAAAUCCCCUCCACUGUGCUUUACUUAAAACAUGUUUGAUGAUAUAAAAGUGAGGUUUAGUGUUUAAAGUAAAUGUGAGUUUAAUUUAUAAUCCAUAUUUAGAGCAAUACAAAUAAAAUAAGGAUAUUAAAUCCGUGACUGAGGCCUUUAAGUAUUGAAAUUACAUAUUAAAUGCAUGUUUAACUAUUGUAAUUACAAAUUAAAU